CGUGUUCAUCACUAUAAUGAUGAGUGAGUGACCCCUCUUGGCUCUUGCCCUCUGCCCUCACCUCCGAAGCACGCCCACACUUGUUGUAGAGAGAGGGAAUCAGAGAAAGUCAUAGAUCUUAGAUUCUAUUGAGAGAGAGAGAGGGAGAGAGAGAGUGUGUGUAUGAUUUAAUUUAAUAUUUUUGGGCUGAGAGAGAGAGAGAGAGAUGGAAGAGGCGAAGGCAUUGGCUCAGCAGCAGCAGCAGCAGCAACAUCAACAACAACAGCAACAAAUGAUGCUACAGCACCAGCAACAGCAACAGCAACACCAGCAACACCAACACCAGCAACAAUUGCUGCUCUUACAACAGCUACAGAAACAACAGCAACAACAACAAUUACAACAGCAACAAGCGGCGGCCAUUUCGCGCUUCCCGUCGAACAUCGACGCGCACCUGCGACCGCUCCGACCCAUCAAUCUUGCGCCCAACCCUAACAACCCUAACGUCCCCAACAACCCCAACAACCACAUCGCUAAUUUGCAGCAAAGCCCUAGCAAUCCGAGCCCUCAGCAGCAGCAGCAACAGCAACAGCAACAGCAACAGCAACAGCAACAACAGCAGCAGCAGCAGCAGCAGCAGAGUAGGGCUCCCCGACCCGGGAACCAGGUGGAGCUCCAGAUGGCGUACCAGGACGCGUGGCGGGUCUGCCAUCCGGACUUCAAGCGCCCCUUCGCUUCGCUCGAGGACGCCUGCGAAAGAUUACUGCCUUACCAUGUGGUGGCAGACUAUGAAGCAGAAGAGGAUGAUAGGAUCCUCGAUUCUGACACCACGGGCCAGAUGCCCUCUCGAUCCCAACAAUGGGAUCAUAACAUAGCUGCCAAAGUCGCAGAGUUUACAGCCACAUUUGAGAAGCAGGCCCUUGCCUUCAACAUAAUAUCCCGCAAACGAGCUAUGGGAGAAUUUCGAUCUGAGGAGAGAUUGAUGAUUGAGCAGGCUCUUCUCCAAGAGGAGAAGCGAGCCAUGCUGGAAAUAAGAGCGGAGAUAGAGUCCAGAGAGAAGGCUGGCCGUGAGGCUCACGAGGCUAAAUUGAGAAUGGCAGCCAUGGUUCAGGCGGAGCAAGCUCGGGCUGAGUCAAUGGGUCGAGGCCCAAUAAGAGCAAGUGCACUUGGGUCCCAGGGCAAUGAUGUUGCAAUUGGUCAUGACAUGGGAGAGCAGGAGCAAGGAGGUAACGCUGAUGAAAUGAUAAAUGGAUGGGGAAACAAUGCUCAGAGAGAUGAGAAGGAGCCAUCUGAAGACUUCUUGAAUGAUGAAGAGACUGAAAAUGGAGAAGCAGGGAUGCAGGAUGGGUGGCGAGAAGUUGGGGAAUUUGAUUUGAACUCUAGAUGAUCCUUGAAAUGGGCGCUAGUGCAAAACUCGUGAUGAAGCAGCAUGUAUUUGAAAUUUGAAGGAAAUGUGUAUCCACGACAUUGGAAAUCGAUUGGCCUGAGCUGUGUUCAAAUGUGGUUGUUGAUUCUUUGUGAUGUGUAAAUCAGAGGAAUGCUGCACAUUGAAAUCCGCUCACAGAGAAGGGGUUUGGGGGGGUGGGGGGCGAGUCGUUGAAGCUAUGUAAAAUGAUGUUAUUCCAGUAGGUUGGAUGAUUACUGUAUUUGUGGCUUUGCCUAGCACGCUAAGUCAUGGUGCAAUAGAUUUCAUGCAAAAAGUCUUUUGUAUUGAGAAAAUUCUAAUUAGAUGUUUUUUUUUUUUUUUUGUUUCCGUCUAUCUACUACCUUCUCUUGACAAAAGAAAGACAAAAUUGGUUGUGGGAUUGGGAUUUUUGUUAUUAUGCCGCAAGAAUUUUUGUAAAAUUCGGGCAGCUUAUGAGGGAACACUGUAGGGGUCCAUUUGUUUCGGACAGAUGGGUCAUUAAUUUUAGGCUGCCACGGAGUAAAUGAACCUACAGGAAUU